AUGGCUACGGUUAAAACAGUGUUGAUUUUAACUUUGAUUUUAUACUUUUAUCCAGUUUCUGGAGCGCCAUCAUAUCAGGAUAUUUUAAAUUUUUAUACAAAUGCUAUAACUUGUACAACUUGUUUUGUCGAUGAAAUCUUCCCUAAAAAAGAACAAAGUGACCAGAUAACUGUGGAUGUGAAUUUCACACUUGUGAGCAUAGGAGAAUUUAAUGAAGCAGAUGGAUACUUAGAGGUAAAUGGACUCAUGGAUAUAACUUGGGAUGAUGACUUAAUAUCCGCUGUAUCCGGUCCGCCUUUUGUUACUGAAAUUUCUGUGCCUCGAGACGUUGUGUGGGUACCAACCAUCAGCAUUUUUAAUUCACAUUCAAAUAUUUCAAUGAUUGGAGAUGCCAAUACAGAUGUAAGGAUCUCGAUGCCAACCAAAGAUGAAUCUGCAGUAAUGAAAUGGUCGCCUUCUAUUGUAUCCAAAACAAACUGUCAAGUAGAUUCAACUUAUUUCCCCUUUGAUACUCAGAAAUGUAACAUUACAUUUACUCCUUGGGGUUUCAAGGAUUCAGAAGUUAAUAUUUCAAUUACCAACGAAAGUUUAGACACUUCAUACUAUAACGAGCAUGAAUUAUGGCGCCUUAAAUCGCACGAUCCUUACACAGAAACCAAAGAGAGCACGUCUUUUGCACACUUCGAGCUAACACUGCAGAGAAAUCCAAAAUCUAAAGCGGACAGAGAAAAUUGGUUUAUGGAUACCAAAGGGAGAUCAAAAUGUGAAUGA